UUUUUUCUGUUUCCAGUUUUGUCCUCUGUUUUACAUUUUUUUACUCCAUUUAACUUUUGUAAAAUGUGAAGCCUGGCCACACAAUUACUUUGCAUCAAUUGGCACUGCCACAAAAGUUGGAGAGUUAAAAGAAUUCAUUUGAAUUUUGAUUAAUUGUUGUUGGGUCAUUCAAAAACAGCUAGGAGCUUUUUGGAGUCUCAAAUAAUGUUAGUUUUACUUUUUUAAUAGCCUUGGGGAUUUUUGCAAUAUUAUGAACAUUUUCUUUACUGGUAGAAGAAAUAAUUUUAUUUGCCUUUAUUUUAAAAUUUUAAUUUGGAUCAAAGUGAGGUUUAGUAAAUUAAUUGCGAUGACAUGGCCCCAUUAGUGUGUGAUUACUGUAGAUGAGCUACCGGAGUAUGUCUUUUAGAAAUGUGAUCUCACAUGUUCGGUGCAAUUUAUGAAUUCUUAAUUACCUGCUCCCUCCGUCUCAAAAUAUAAGAAUGCUUUUUACACUAGUGUAGUGUUAAAAACGUUCUUAUAUUUUGGGACAGAGAGAGUAUUAUUUACAUGAUUGAAUUGAAUCAUCACCUACCAAAGCAAACACGAAACAUAAUCUCGCCAUUUAAUGAGAUUUGGUUUCAAUGAAAGGAAAACAAAUCCAAUGGGUGAGGGUGGUGGGAGGUGAGGUGAAAAAACCAGACGAAAAUAAAAUCGGCGAGGAGAAGCUACCAACUACCGUUUUAAGUGUAGAGAUUGAGCUGACCUUGUUUUUUCUUUUAAAUAUCAUAUUUUCAACUAGCAAUAGAUAUCGGUCAAAGAUGUGAAUCAGACAGGCCUGGGCCUCUAUCUUCCAAACGAUCUCCUUCCAUGAAGAAAAAAAGAUCUCGUCGCAUUUCUGUGCCGAAAAGUAAUCAAUGAAGCGGAGUGUAUUUCUUUCAAUAAAUAAAUAAAUAAAUAAAGCGGAGCGUAUCCCGUAAAGAAAAAAUGUUGCGAAAAGCAGCUUGGCGCGAAUGUUAAAUUUCGGGCGCCAAAAAUCACAACUGAAAUGCCCCUAUAAGAGCGAGACCUGAGAGAAAUCUGAUCUGAUCCUUGAAAGCGAAUUCUCUUGAGAAGUACUAGUACUCCUAUAUGGAACCAUGGGAGAGAAACGGGAGCGAGAGUGCCAAGAAGACGAAGACCACGCCGGCGCCGCCGGUGGCCCCCCUCGGCGAUGAUCUCCUGGGCGAGAUCUUCCUCCGCCUCCCCGACAUGGCGUCGCUUGCCAGCGCCGCCCUCGUCUGCAAGAGCUGGGGCCGAGUAGCCUGCGUCCCGGCCAUCUACCGCCGCUUCCAGUCCCUUCGCAGGCCCCCACUCGUCGGCUUCAUCCUCACCGACCGCAGCGACAUGCCUGUUCCUCACCACUGCCCUAAACUCCGCUUCGUCCCCGCCGAAUCCCGUAAUCCCGAUCUGGUCUCCGCCGCCGUUGACGGCGACUUAUUCUUCGAAGACCUCCCCGCCAUAGAUUCGGACGACGACGGCGAAGGGGAGUACUACGAGGAGUGGCGCCUCCGCGGCUGCGACGGCGGCCUCCUCCUCCUUUCCCGCGGCCGCUAUGCGCUGGAUCUCGCCGCGUAUGACCCCCUCGCGCGGACGGCCGUCUUCUUCCGCCCUCCCCACGCCUGGCGCUAUUCGUCCCACAUCGUCCGCUACUCCAUCUUGGUGGACGAUGCCGACGCCUCGUUCCGGGUCAUCGGCAUGGAGCGGUGGGCCGGCUCACACUCCGCCGUCUUCUCCUCCCGCACCCGCGAGUGGGACAUGAUUGCCUCGUCCGAUACGAACCAUGCAGUGUAUAGCUUUAUACGAUGCUGGAGCGACGGCAUGCCCGCGGGCCGGUACGUGUACUGGCGGUCGGACACCAAGAAGUCCCGGUACUGCAAGGACGACGAGAAGAUCUUGGUGCUGGACAUGGAAGCAAUGGUGUGGUCGGUUAUCAAACCGCCAAUCCCUCCUGGCGAAUCGUACUGUGUCGCAGACAUGGCGGAGCACGGCGGACUCUGCAUUGUGUCCAGCAAAGAGCAGUGCGUGCAGCUCUGGGUCCGUGACAGCAAUGCUGAGUGGAUGCUCAAGAAGGAGGUUUCGUUGCUGAAUGAGUUUGGAUACCUGAAGAAGCUUCGUCUUGAGGAGUGGAUGAAGCGCGUGCGCGUCCUGGCUAUGUGUACAUGGAGUUUUGGUCCAUAAGGAAGCCCCAUUCAUAUCUGCUUGUGCUAAAUCUGAACACCACAAAGCUGGAAUUCUUCUGCAACAAGUCGACCGAGCCUCACAGAGGUCCUGCGUUCCGUUCUUCAUGCGGUCGGCACCUCUGCCUGCUCCAGAUGAUGAUAAGAAAUGAUACAAUUGAGUAGGUCAAGCUGUUACUUCUAGCUUUGACUAGCCGAAGUUGGGUUAACUGGAGCAUAAGAGCGUCAUCCUGAUGUCAGUUUGAAUUGGAAUCACGGAAGCCUAUUGGAUACCCAUCUUUUGUCUUGCAAUCUCAGUUUUCACAUGGAAUGCAGGCAUGGCAGUACAGGCUUGCUCCGACAACAGCUGCUGCUUUAUCUGAAUUUAGUCGUUUUUCACUUAUGUUACCCAUUUCUUGUUUGUUUUAUUCAAACUUCCUAUCUGAACUGAGAUGGUUUUAUUUAAAUUCUGUCGUCUUGUCA